CUUCGGUUAAUAAAUAUUAUUAUAAAUACUAGGAGAGCGUGGAAGUCACGGAUAUUAACGAGGGAGCGUGAGCUAAAACAAUCAAUUAAAUACGCAAACUCACGCCGCAUCGAGACCGUCUCCGAUGAUUUACACUAUUUUUUUCUUUAACACCGUAUAUUCUCUUAUUUUUACCUCUAAAAUAGAAGAUUUCUAUAAUAGAGAUAUGUUUUGCUACAAUGUAUUUCUCUAAAAUAGAAAUCUCAAAAUAUAGAGCAAAAUAUAGAGGAUUGCUAUUUCUUCCUCUAUAAAUAGAUGAAAAAAUAGAAAUCUCUAUUUAAAGGUAUAAAUAGAGGUAGAUUGGAGUGAUUUUGUCUUUAAAUGCUAUUAUAGAUAUAAAAAUAGGGGAAAGUUGGAGAUGCUCUAAAAUAAAGUAACUUUAUAAUAGAGUUGGAUGUUGUUUCAAUGAUACUCUAUCUUAGAGUGAUAAACAAAAAUAAAAAAAAAUAUUCUAUAUAUUGAGUAAAAAUUAGUUUACACUAUUAUAGAUUAGAAAAUAGAAUAUUUUUGAAAUAUUUUUAUUCUAAACUCUAUUUUAAAGUGGUAAGUAGAAUGGGGUAGGAGAAACUGUCCGUGAAGGCAAAAGGCCAUCACAAACAUAAAGCCUCACUGUCUGUUUUUGGGCGGUGCAUUUCAGUCAAACCCUCGUUGACCCAUCUCUCUCCCAAAAUAAACUAUUUUCUUUAUAAAUUUACCCAACAUCACUUCUGGUUUUCAUUACCAAUGGCUCCUCCAAAACAAUUGAACGCAAGUAACGCCGCCAUAUGUGAAGGUAGCGGCAGUGGAUGCAAAACAAUGUUGAAGGAAGUGCGUUUUAGAGGUGUGAGGAAGCGGCCGUGGGGGAGAUAUGCGGCGGAGAUCCGUGACCCGGGAAAGAAAACCCGGGUUUGGCUCGGGACAUUUGAUACGGCGGAGGAAGCCGCUAGAGCUUACGACACCGCCGCUAGAGAGUUUCGCGGCUCCAAAGCAAAAACUAAUUUCCCUCUUCCUGGUGAGUCUCCGACGAGAGACGGUUCCAUCGGCGGGUCGGAGAUGACAACGCGCCGGAUAGAGAUGGUGAGGAGAUUCCCGUUUGCAUGUAACCGGCAGAAUAAUGUCUCCAGCGGGUUACCACCGAAUGUUGCCGGUUUUUUCUUCGAUCCGUCAAGGGCUACUGCAUUGAGGGUUGAGCUUUCUCAAGUCUAUCCGGUUCAGUUUGAUCCGGUUAAUAUCGAGCUGAGUAUUGGUAUUCCAGAGACCGUAAAGGUCAAACCGAGAACUGAACUAAACUUGGAUCUUAACCUAGCUCCACCUUUGGACGUUUAGAUUUGUUCUUCUUUCUCUUAUUUUGUUUUUUUUUGUUUGCUGCAGGAAAAAGAAACGUUCGAAAUUUUCUUCUGAUACUUUUUUGUAGAGGAGAAAAUAUUUUUAGAUUAAUUUUUCUUAGAAAUUUUUUAUUGUAGUUUCUCUAUGAUCUUAAUUUCUCUAUGCUUCCUUCUAAUUAUAUGUGGACGUAAAUUAUAAUCAGAUUGUUAUCUAUUUUCUCCC